GUAAUCGCAGCUAACCAAACCCCACCAAAGAAAAUGGCGAUAGGCGGCAGGCAGCACACACUCGGCCGAAGAAGCACGCGUUCGUGUGGGGGCCUUGGAAGUAGUUUCCGAGCGGGGAAAUCCAUCGUAUUAUUUCUCCGCCGGGGAAUUGUGUUGCAGUGCGUGCGUGCUGCAAACGGGAAUCUACGAGACGCCGAGACGCCGUCUCGCUUAUCUGACCUUAGCUGCUUUGUUUAGUGUAUAUGUGUUCGACUGUGGCGGGGCUUCAAUUGCAUCGCGUGCGCUUUAUGACCUUGCUGUUCGAUGUGCGAUAGCUGGAUUGCAGGGAGAUUUCCAAGAUUGAGACUGGUCUGUGGGUGGUGAGAUCGGAAGCGGGGCCGAAAUAAGCACCUCUCGACAGGUCAGCAAGGUGUGAGACAUGCACGAGUGCUGGAUCGUCAGACUUUAGACCUUGGUGAAGGGCCGAAAUUAGUGGGGGAAAAGAAGCUAAAUGUGUCCUAGGAACCGGUCCCGCAAUAUCUUUUAGUCUCCAGUGGGAUAAAACGUGUCGAAGACAUAGGUUUGCAUUACGCCGGAAUGAAUACGCAAUG